CGGGACUGGUUUGAAGCUGCGCUCCUGGGAGAAAGAUGUCUCAGGAACGCGCGGUGCCGGCGAGCGCCGUUCCCCUGGAAGAAUUACGUAGCUGGUCGGAGGAGCUAUGCCGCCGGGAACUGCCGUCUGUCCUGCCCCGGCUCCUUUCUAUGUAUCAGCAUUCUGAGAGUUGGAUCGAGCAUAUUCAAAUUCUAAAAAUUAUUGUGGAAAUGUUUUUACCUCAUAUGAACCACCUGACUUUGGAACAGACUUUCUUCUCACAAGUGUUGCCAAAGACUGUGAAAUUAUUUGAUGACAUGAUGUAUGAGUUAACCAGUCAAGCCAGAGGACUCUCAAGCCAUAAUUUAGAAAUCCAGACCACUCUAAGGAGUAUUUUACAAACAAUGGUGCAGCUCUUAGCAGCUCUUACAGGAUGUGUUCAGCAUGUUUGUGCCACACAGGAGUCCAUCAUUCUAGAUAAUAUUCAUAGUCUUCCUUCCUCAGUCCUACAUGUAAUCAAAAGUACAUUUGUACAUUGUAAGGAUAGUGAAUCUGUCUAUUCUGGGCAUUUACACCUAGUUUCAGACCUUCUCCAGGCUCUUUUCAAGGAGGCCUAUUCUCUUCAAAAGCAGCUAAUGGAACUACUGGAUAUGGUUUGCAUGGACCCUUUAUUAGAUGAAAAUGAUGAUAUUUUGAAUAUGGUGAUAGUUAUUCAUUCAUUGUUGGAUAUCUGCUCUGUUAUUUCCAGUAUGGACCAUGCAUUUCAUGCUAAUACUUGGAAAUUUAUAAUUAAGCAGAGCCUUAAACACCAGUCGGUUAUAAAGAAUCAGCUGAAACACAAAGUUGUAAUUACCAGCUUGUGUGAUGACAUCCUUUUCUCCUUCCAUUCGUGUUUACAGUUAGCUGAGCAGAUGACGCAGUCAGAUGCACAGGAUAAUGCUGACUAUAGAUUAUUUCAAAAAACACUCAAAUUGUGUCGUUUCUUUGCCAACUCCCUUUUGCACUAUACUAAGGAAUUUCUUCCUUUACUCUCUGAUUCUUGCUGUACAUUGCACCAGCUUUACCUUCAGAUACACAGCAAGUUUCCUCCAAGCCUGUAUGCUGCCAAGAUUUCUAAAGCCCAGCAGGAGGAAGUAGUGGGGACUUUCCUGGUUACACUGGAUCCACUCAUCAGCCAGCUUCUCACCUUCCAGCCUUUUGUGCAGGCGGUUUUGGACAGUCAAUUAGAGCUGCCAUGCGAACUGCAGUUCCCACAGUGCCUCCUGCUGGUUGUUGUCAUGGACAAGCUGCCCUCUCAGCCCGAGGAUGUGCAGGCCCUGUGGUGCACGGAACGCCAGCUCCUGGGAGCGAAGCCCAGGGUAUCUCUGCUCAAAGCCAUUUUCUACAGUUUUGAGCAGUGUUCUGGUGAACUCUCUCUCCCUGUUCAUCUACAAGGAGUAAAGAGUAAAGGGCAAGCGGAGGUUGCUGUCACCUUGUAUCAGCAUGUUUGUGUUCAUUUGUGCACAUUUGUCGCUUCCUUUCAUCCCUCACUGUUUCCUGAACUGGAUGUUGCUCUGUUGAAUGCUGUGCUUAGUGCUAAUCUGAUCACCUCUUUGUUAGCUAUGGAUGUAUGGUGCUUCCUUUCCCGAUAUGGGACUGCUGAACUCUGUGCACACCAUGUCACCAUAGUGGCGCAUCUGAUAAAAUCUUGUUCUGGAGAAUGUUACCAGCUCACCAACCUGUCAAUACUAUUAAGGCGACUCUUCUUCUUCAUGGCCCCAACCCAGCAGGUGGAAUUUAUCCAGGAAUUUUCCCCAAAAGAAGCAGAAAAUCUGUCUCUGUGGCAAUAUAUUUCCUUCCAGGCAUUACCUGCCGAGCUUAGGAAACAGACUGCACAAGAGGUCAUCAGAGUAGGCAUUGGACAGUGUAAGGAGUGGCUAAGCAAUAGUCGAACUUUGGGAGAACUUGAGUCUCUGAACACACAGCUCUCUGCUUUGCUUGCUGUAUGUAACUCUGCUAGUGAAGCUCUGGAUACUGCACAGCAGACUGCAGUUACAGAGAUUGGGAGUCAGCUUUGGGCGUUUUUAAACGCUAAACUGGUAACAGGUCAACCUUAUGUUCAGCAGACACUUAGCCUUUUACUGUCACUGUUGGGAUUUUUUGUUCAAACUCUAGAUCCUCAUCUGAUAAGUCAGGUAGUAACCUUGCAGAGCUCACUGCUUAAAUUAGAGCCUCCUGACCAUGUUUGUUUGGCAGUGCUUGAUUUUGUAUCUUCUCUGGGAAAAUGUUUUAUACCUCAAGGUCUCCAGGACAAAAUUCUGCCCAACCUGUCUUCUAUUUUUGCCUCACUGCUAGCUGACAGGAAUUGGAUACUAGAACAACAUACCUUAGAGGCGUUUACUCAGUUUGCCGAGGGAACAAAUCAUGAAGACAUAGUUCCACAGUGUCUCAGUUCUGAAGAAACCAAGAACAAAGUUGUAUCCUUUCUGGAGAAGACUGGGUUUGCAGAUGAAACCGCGACUUCCAGGGUUGAACGUGUGAAACAGGAAAAAGUUAUUUUCUGGGAACGCUUUGCUAACGUUGCUGUAGAAGCAAAGUGGUCAUCUUUACAGCCUUGUGCAAAAAGAGCCCGUUGUGAGCUCCCUGCGGCAGACGCGUGCGAGUCAGCACUGCAGGCAGCAUCAGGGGCCUUGGAGGCAGUGGAGCUGCUACUCCAGACGUCUCCUGCUCCAGACUGGCUUCCAGUGAGACUGGAGAUGCUCCAAAAGAGGAUGGACAGCCUAAGACGACGUGUACUCUCCGGUGGCCUCGGAACGGACUGGACCCCCUCCCACUAGGUAGCACUGAGUAUCACCUUUGU